CGAUAAUGUGCUUACAUAAAUAUGCAGACGCUUGGCCGGCCAAUGCCAUUUGCGCUUGGCGCAGAAGCAUUUCUGUGUGGAACAGAGAUCUUCGAUCUUCCAAUCUCCAAGAUACGUUGGUUCGUGGUCCAGCGCUAAGGUCCAACAGCGUGGUUGUCACCUCCAAGGAUCAACUCGCAUUCAUGCAAACGGAAGUUUUAUCACACUCCUGUUACUUGCGAGGGGCCAAAUGCACGAUUCACACGGAGGAUUUUUUCACGAUCGAUCCUCAAUUCAAAUUCGGAGGAUUCAGCCGUGGAGUAGGAACAGAGGGGUUUGCCGAGAGUUGACGGCUGUUGGCGGGUGUAAACGAUCAACGGAUCGACAAUGUUGCGAGCUGACGCAGGAGUCACAAAUGCAGGAAACGUGUGACCGAAACACAGACCUAUAAUUUCAACGCUGACCUUGGUGAGUCUCUUUUUCUUUCGCGCUCCUUAUGGCAUACAGCUCCGAUGCGGUGAAAUUAGAAAGCUCACCCUCACCGUCCUCUAGCAUCGCCCCCACGUUCCGGUUCCAACUGCACUCUCCGCCGGAAACCGCGUCGCACCCGCCCUCCCGCGCUCAGACUCCUGGACUCGCAUUGCCCGCAUUCCGUUUCGGCGCUGGCGGCAGUGCAAGUGCGUCGGGCGCGCAGCCAACGCCAGCCAUGGCCUGGCCUGCGGGAACACCCGCAUAUACCCUUCCGUUUGCCGACUACGAACUCGAUCAUGAUGAUGAUGAUGAAGAAGGAUCUGGCCCGACGGGCAAGGACAAGGUGGUGAGGAGGCGGAGCAGCAAAGCAUGCACAUUCCUCGGUCCGAGUCGCAAACGCGGUCCGCCGAAGGGUUACAUCGAUGCAAUUGAAGCACGGCUGCAUCAAACCGAGGCGCUCAUCGGCAUUCUUCUUACGGCAGCGGGUGUCCGUGCUGAGCCGACGGGGCUAGUAGACGCGUCGGAAGAGGAGAACGGUGGCGCACGGAAGGAGAUUGACCGCAUGGCACGGUCGGUGCUGAUGGACAUGGCAGAAGAUCCACUUGCACGAGCUAUUCUCACGCGAAUCGACCAGAGCGCUUAUGGACCAGGUGGUAGAGCCACUUUGGGAACCGGAUUUAACGGCGGAGGCUCCGGCCGAGGAAGUCCGAGUGGUCGAGCACGAAGCACAGGGCCAGCCACACCCAGUCUGAGCUCCAGCGGCGAGAUUUCCAGCACACAUCCCUCACAUGAAUGGAUGGAUCGCGUGACUUCACAUGUCCUUCUCCGAGCCCGAGAGCGGCACCAUUCUCGUCCACCCUCCAUACGGGCCUCCGGCUCUGUCACACCCAACGGAACCCUGUCGCCAUACCGAUACGCAUAUCCCCAGUCAGCCUCAUCGACCAACCAGCGCACAAACCAACUGCCAGCCAUCAUAACUGCUUUGGGAGACUAUGCCCGACCCUCCUAUCCCGCUUCAGCUGGAGCAGCUGAGCCACGCGGAGCAUUCGGACCUGAUCCGCGGUCCUAUCCGGUCUCGGCAGGCGCCGCUGUCUCGAAUGAGGCACGACCACUCACUGCUCCGGGAAGCACAGAAAGACGACAGCGGCGCCGGAUCGACGAGACGCUGUACAGCCCCAGCAGAGAUCCAUCACCCCCUGACACGGAGAGCGAAGCCGAACUCGACAUCGAUGUUGGGGCCGAGCGCGACGAAUCUCACCGGGGCCGUCGGCGACGAAGUGAAGAAAUGGCGGGUCUGGCGGGUGCUGUAGGCCAACUCAGUCUGAACGAGGAUAAACAAGUUCGGUAUCAUGGGAAAGCCAGCGGGCUUCAUCUGCUUGCCCGACGGCCUGCAGAGCGGGAAGGAUCUGAAGAUGGGCGCAACAUUGGUGGAAUAUGGCGGUUCCCCAAAGCUCGAGUAUGGCCGGCGGCUCCGGAGGAGUGGGACACCGAUUCUGAGCGCGACGGGGACGGACUACCUUCUCGCACGGUGCAGGAGACGCUGUUGGGGCGUUACUUCUCGUUCGUGCACCCCAGCUUCCCAGUCGUUCACAAAAUCUCGCUGCUGGACUCGUUCUCGCGUGGCAAGGUUCCGCCUCUGCUUCUUCUAGCCAUGUUCUCGCUUGCCGCGCGGCACGGUCCGCACCCUGCGCUCAGCGAAGACGACGCGAAGAUGUGGCCCGCAGGAGACUCGUUUCUGUUCCGCGCAAAGACAUUGCUGGACGGCUCGUACGCGUCGUCGCGCGCCAGCACAUGCCAGGCGAUGCUGUUGAUGGGAUUCCGGGAGAUCGGGAUCGGAGCCAUGGCGCAGGCGUGGAUCUACAUCGGCAUGGCGGUGCGAAUGGCGCAGGAUCUCGGCAUGCACCGGGAUGCCAGCGGGUGGGCACGGGCUGGCGUCAAGGAUUCGGAUGGGAAGCUGUUCUCGGCGGCGGAGAUAUCCGAGCGGCGCCGGAUCUGGUAUGCAUGUGUUGUAUUGGAUAAGUACGUGAGCACGUACAUUGGGCGACCGCUCGCCAUCUUCGAGCGCGACUUUGACACACCACUGCCCGACGAAACAGUGGAAGCCGAGGAGAGCGAAGAGUGGAAACCACAAGAUCCACGACCCAGCUAUGCCAUCUCGUGCUUCAGUGCCCGGCACUCGGAGCUGGUUGUGCUUGAUGCGGAGCUCGACAAGUGGAGAAUCUCGCUUCCCUCGCAUCUCCAGCAUGUGCCAGGGUCGCGGCCUGCACCGUUACCGCAUGUCCUGACGUUGCAUAUGCAGUAUUGGUGUGCUGUGCUGUUGCUUCAUCGGCCAUUUAUCCGAAAAACGGGGUCGAGGAUGCCGAGUCCUGCACCGGAGAACACCGAGUCUCGGGGUCGAGCGGAGCGCAGCUACGAGCAGUGCGCUAGUGCCGCCAACCACAUCACCACGAUCGCUGGACUCUAUUCUGAAACAUACACCCUUAAGCACUGCGCCGCGUUUCUGUGCUACUACAUCUUCACUGCGGCGAUCAUGCACGUCAGCUCUGCGACACUUUUCCCGGCUAACCCUCAAGCACGGAUCGGGUUGGGGAAGUGCAUGGACGCGCUACGGGAGAUGCAGGUUGUGUGGCCCGGUGCCGCUCGCGCACUGGAGCUCCUGCGCGGGGUGCAGUUCGAGCACGACGAUCACGACAUGUCGGGCGAGACUGUUGCGCCGCGACACCGCAAACGGUCUGCGACGCAGACGCUCGACGACUUCCGUCCGUUCGCCGCGUACACGUCCGCGGGUCACUACGCACUGGAGCACUACCCCACGUCAUAUGCUCCCAAUCGGUGGUCGGCCUCGGCCUCGGCGUCGUCGGGGGCCUACCAGUCGCCCUCGACAGCGGUGAUGGGGCCAGGAUACACUGUGGACGAGACACGCCAGCCGCGGUAUCAGCAGUCGCCGCAAUAUUGGGGUGCGACCGACUACGCCACUUACCAGCCCGUUUACGAGGAUGUGUAUAACCAUUAUAAUAUGUAUUCGCAGUGA